CUCUUUCGAGACGGAAGGAGUAGCUGAAAUUGAACUGACUUCUUUCAAUGGGCUUACCACCUAUGUUUGUCGUUCCACGAUAAAAACACAAGCACUGUCUAUGUUUGUUGUUGCCAUCCACGUCAGGACGUAAGUAAAAAUCUCAAUUGUAGGUGUGCUAGUGACACUUUGGGCGCCUUGUUUCAGAGAGUUGCAGAAGACACAUAUGUGUAGAGCACUUAUGUAGCGUCAUUGCUGGUAAGGGACCAUGUUCACAAAUGGUUUCACAAAAAAAGGGGCGGAAAAACAGAAGCUAUAUAUACAGCUUGCUCUGACUGCCUAUUCCAGUAGUAGUAUCCAGUUUCCAGUUCCACUACUGGGCGGCAGGUGGUGACGCGCCAGCAAGAGCCAGUCAUCAUCUCAUCAUUCUAAAGGCAACACAGCUCGCCGCGGCUUGCACAUACUCUGUCCUUCUCGAUCUUCUUCUCUUCCCUUGCCUUCCUCUGAUCGUUCCGGUCUGUCUUCUUGCCUAACAACACACGGAACCGUCUGGUAAUCUCUUAGCAAUGGACUGAAAAUUUGUCCUAGACAUUAGCCAAAUCUGUUGGACAGAUAUAUUCCUUGUGGUCCGUCCAGCUGGACAUCGAUCGACAGUUGGGCUGGCACUAGCUAGAACCAGGUCUCGUCUGAGCAAUGGAAGGCAACACUAGCAAGACCGGCGCCCAAGUGCCGUCCCUCCUUGCAAACGUGGAGGUUUCCAACCUCCCUGACUUCGAUUUCACGACACCGGCGACGAGCCCCAAGAACAAGCCGGCCACCGUACGGGUGGAGCCAAUGGACCGCGUUACUCGGCGCAGCGAGGUUCCGGCGAUCCCGCCUUUCGAUUCGCCUUUUCAAGCCCGGCCGAUGCAUCCCGUGUCCAUCAGCCUGCCGGCGUCGCCGACCUUCGGCGAAGCCAUCCCCGCGCCCGGCCUGGACUCGCAAGACAAGCAGGCCACGGCGGACGGGGACGCGGCACGGCAGCCAGAAGGAGACCCGCCCAAGGGGAACAACGUCAGAUUCGUGAAACCUGAUAAGGUGAUGUUCCGGUCGCAGCCGAUGCCCGGCGGGGUGCCCUCCCACGCUGAGACCAUGAGACGGAUGAAUAGCCGGGUUGGCAAUGGCAGCCGGGACAAGCGCUACGACACGUUCAAGACGUUCACAGGGAAGCUCGAGCGGCAGCUCACCCAUUUGACCGGCGUUGGCGGCGGCGGCGGCGUACCGAACACGCCCGAGGAGGACGAGGAGUCCGGCCGCGGCGACGCCAUCGGUAACAGCCGCCCCACCGCGUCCAUGCCAAAAGUCGACCGCUUCUUCGCCGCACUGGAAGGCCCCGAACUGGACCAACUCAAGUCGUCGGAGGAGCUGGUGCUGCCGUCGGACAAGAGGUGGCCGUUCCUGCUCCGGUUCCCGGUAUCAUCAUUCGGUAUCUGCCUCGGCGUGAGCAGCCAAGCGAUCCUGUACAAGACGAUCUCGACGUCGGAGCCGACGUCGUUCCUGCACGUGAGUCCCAAGGUGAACCUGGUGCUGUGGUGCAUCUCGGUGGCGCUCAUGUGCGCCAUCACCGCCAUCUACUUGUGCAAGGUGGUCUUCUUCUUCGAGGCCGUCCGGCGCGAGUACUACCACCCCAUCAGGGUCAACUUCUUCUUCGCGCCGUGGAUCGCCUGCCUGUUCCUGGUCAUCGGCAUGCCGCCGUCCAUUGCCGCGGAGCUCCCUCCCUGGCUCUGGUACGCGCUCAUGGCGCCCGUGCUGUGCCUGGAGCUCAAGAUCUACGGGCAGUGGAUGUCCGGCGGGCAGCGGCGGCUGUCCAAGGUGGCCAACCCGUCCAACCACCUGUCCGUGGUGGGCAACUUCGUGGGCGCGCUGCUGGGGGCCUCCAUGGGCCUGAAAGAAGGGCCCGUCUUCUUCUUCGCCGUCGGGAUGGCCCACUACAGCGUGCUCUUCGUCACGCUGUACCAGCGGCUGCCGACCAACGAGACGCUGCCCAAGGAGCUGCACCCGGUCUUCUUCCUCUUCGUGGCGGCGCCCAGCGUGGCGUCCAUGGCGUGGGCCAAGAUCACGGGCGAGUUCGGCCUCGGGUCCCGGAUCGCAUACUUCAUCGCCAUGUUCCUCUACGCGUCGCUGGCCGUGCGGAUCGACUUCUUCAGGGGGUUCCGGUUCUCACUGGCGUGGUGGGCCUACACGUUCCCGAUGACCGGAGCCGCCAUCGCGUCCAUCCGGUAUGCCACCGUGGUGGACAACCUCUUCACAAAGACGUUGUGCCUCGUGCUGUCGGCGCUCGCCACGCUCACCGUCACGGCGCUCUUCGCCACCACCAUGGUGCACGCCUUCGUGCUCGGCAACCUCUUCCCCAACGACAUCUCCAUCGCCAUCACGGACCGCAAGAUGAAGCCCAUCAUGGAGCUGCAAGAAGAAGACCACAGCGUAUCCAGCAGCGGCAGCAACGACAUCGAGGCCAGCACCGCGGUAGCACCAAAAGCAUGAUGAAGGAGCUAUUGGUUCGGCACUUGCAGAGUAUAUAUGUGCUGUUGGUUGGUAGGACAAGAUCAUAUAUAUAGGAAUGUUUCCUAGUGGUAAGCUUGAGAGGAGUUUUCAACUCGAUCUAUUAGAUGGGCAUUCAGUAAGCUGGCUACUGUCAGUAAGGGUCUCACGCCCGGGAAACCUCAGUUUCCUAGCAAAAGCCCUAUAUGAACCUCUAAACUUGGUCUGGAUUUUUUGUAUAUAUUACCGUGAGAGACGUACGUACGUGCUUUGUGAGUGUGUUUUAGCAGUUUUAGCUUGUAAGACGGAUAAGCGAAGAGAAGAUAUAAAUAUUCUACUAACA